UCCCAGGAGAGGGGCUGGGCCUCUCUAAGCAGGAACUGGAGUCAGAGGCUUCCCCUGCUUCUCGCCGGGAGAGAAGAAUAUUAGGAAUGACUUUCAGCGCCGUACUUCCUACCCUGUCUCACAGUAGCGACACAGCUUGGGGGCCAUCAAACUGCAGCUCAGCCUCACCCCUGCAGGAGUCCAGAUGCAGGCCAAGUACAGCAGCACAAGGGAAAUGCUGGACUUUGAUGGGGAUACCAUCAGGAGUGUACAGUCUCGAAGCUCUUCUACAAGCCAGCGGCCAGAGGCUGGGCACACAGAACCAGCUCUUCUGACCUGCUGGUGGAAUGGAUCCAAGAGAAAGAAAAAGCGAAAUCCUGCCUUUUCCUCUUUGCUCCCUGCAGAGCGCCGGCCUCCCUCUUCAGUUUGGCGUCCAGUGGCCCUGACCCUGCUGACUUUGUGUUUGGUGCUGCUGAUCGGCCUGUUAGCCCUGGGGCUUGUGUUUUUUCAGUUCUAUCAGCUUUCCAAUACUCAGCAAGACAGCAUUUCUCACAAGGAAGAAAGACUGGGGAAUCUCUCCCGACAGCUGCAGUCUCUCCAAACCAAGAACAGGAAGCUUGCAGAAAUCCUACAGCGCGUGGCUGAAAAACUGUGUCGAGAGCUCUAUAACAAAAGUGGAGAACACAGAUGCAGCCCUUGUCCAGAAGAAUGGAAGUGGCAUGGGGACAAAUGCUACCGAUUCUGUAGAGAGAGCAAGAAUUGGCAGGGCUGUGACUAUUUCUGCAUCGCUGAGAACGCGACCAUGCUGAAGAUAAACACACAAGAAGUGCUGGAGUUUGCCAUGCCUCAGAGCUACUCUGAGUUUUUCUACUCUUAUUGGACAGGGCUCUCUCGCAAUGGCAGCGGCAAAGCCUGGCUGUGGACUGACGGAGCCCCGUACUCCCCUGAACUGUUUGAGAUUAUAAUAGAUUUUACUAGCCUAAGAAGCAGGGACUGUGUGACCAUCCUCAAUGGAAAGGCUUUCUCGAAGGACUGCAAAGAGUUGAGGCGGUGUGCAUGCGAAAGAAAGGCGGCCAUGGUGAAGCCCGAGAGCCUCUAUUAGCUUCCCUGAGCCAUUAUAUGGAGGUGAUGGACUCUCCCACCAUAACUGCAAUGUCAAGCUCCCCUCAGGGAGACUGAAGAUCAGAACAGAAGUCAAUCUCUUUAUGUGCAGUUGUAAGAGUUUGGUUUCAGUUCCUAUUUUUCCCCAUGUGACCAUAUUUAUACAACAAUUCAGCAUAAAGGUUGAGCCAAGCAAAGUCAAUGCAAAGGAUAUUUGAGACAUUGGAACAUGGAAAAAAAAAGUUAGGAAAAGCAAUUUUUCUGACUGGUGCAAGAAGGAUUUUCAUGCUUCCUGUUCAGGAUCCCCAGCACUCCUGAGCUUGGGUUCAUGCAUAUAUUUACCAGUCACAAAGACAUCCGAUGUGCCAACAACCAGUCUCAGAAUCUCAUAAAGUUGUAAUCCACCUUCUUGACUUAGAGAUCACGUCUAAUGUUCUUCCUUCUCAGCAUCUAGUAUCAUCCCCCUGUUUCCACGUCUUCCUUCAUAUUUGGAGAAGUGAGAAACUUACUGAAGUAGAGGAAAUAAAUGUACGUAACAUUCUUUGCCCCAAAGGUCAAGUAGUCUGUGAGAAAUUAGCAAUCAUUUCCUAUACUGUGCUCCUAAAUACAUAAUUAAUUCUUUCUGUUUGCUUCACUCCAUAUUUUUCCCUUCCUAGUCUUUCAAUAAAGCCCCUAUCUGCCAUGUCAAUGGGCUGCUUUCCACUGGGAUAAUUCUCUUAGUUAGAAUCUUAACUUCUUACGAACGUACCUCCCCAUAUCCAUUGAGAACUCCAACAAUUGGGACACCUGGGUGGCUCAGUCAGUUCUUGAUUUCAGCUCAGGUCGUGAUCUGAGGGUCCUGGAAUCGAGCCCUGCUUCGGGCUCUGUGCUGAGUGGAACCUGCUUAAGAUUUUUUGUCUGCCUCUCCCUUUGCCCCUCCCCACUCAUGAUCUCUCUCUCUCUAAAACAAACAAACAAACAAACAAACAAACAACUCCAAUGAUUGUGUCCUUUCCCUAGGAAUUUCUUCCAGGAAAGAAAUAUUCUCAGCUCAGUUCCAUAUCCAAAUUACUGUCCCUGAUGCUCCCUUCAGCAAUACUGAAGACCAGAGCAAAAGUCAGUCUCUUUAUGUGGGUCUAUAAUAGUUUGGUUUCAGCUCCUAUUUUCUUCCAUUUGAUCCAUGUUUAUACCUUUCAGGUACUGAAGAUUUAAUAAUAAUAAAUGUAAAUAAUGUGAAAUGUGUGUGACGGAGAAUAGAUUUGUGAUUUGGGGACAAUUUCAGUGUGGAGAUGCUCUUCAAAAGUGAUAGCAAUCUGUGUUCUGGUUGUUUGUGCCUUACAGAGAGUUUGUAGGGACUCUACAAGAGUACUGAUUAUUUGAUUAUUUGAGGGAUAAGUCUUUGAGAAACAUGCUGUCUUCAAGAAGAUGAUUUUAAUACUCUCCUGAGAUGAAAUCCUUUGAGGCAAGUUUGUCAUUAACACAUAGCUAAAGAUGAGUAAAUACAAUCUUAAUAGGGUGAGUUAUCCAAUAAGGUCAUGGAAAGUGGAAGAGAAACUGUGAACAUCUGCACACAUCACUGGCUUCUUGUGUAAGCGCCCCCUUUCUCAGGAUGCCAAGAUGCACAAAAGUAAUGGGUUACUGCAAGUAACACCGUCACAACCAGUGACUGUUGAUUUGUAGAGAAAUCAGUUUUAGGGGUUUAAUGCUCGUGAGGAUAAUCUAUUAUCUUUAUUU